UUUUAGAUUUUUUUACGAAUAUUAUUUAUAUAUUUUUUACAAUGAAAGCAACAAAAGCGGAUUCAAUGAAAUCAGUAAGAUCAAACAAAUCAGUGCGAUCAGCAAAAUCUUUGAAAAAUAUGUCGAGCGAUAUCUUGGAAGACCAACAACCGUCUUUUGAAGAAUGCUUACCAAUGGUGUGCAGGAAGUACUCAUGCCCGUUUUCUAUUUUUGUGAAAAAAGACUACCAACACGAUGACUUUUACAAACAAUUAAAAGCUCCAGAAGAAUCAGUGAAGUAUAAAAAAAUUACGGUCACUACGCCUUUGCCAAAUUCAGCCACAUUCCAAGGCGACUUUAUGAGACCUGACGACAGGACCACUGCCACUAGUGCUUCAGAGAUGUCCUUCGAUGAAGACGCUAUAUUCAUCACCACUUAUUACGACAAUGUGAACAACUUAACAGAAAUAUAUUUAGCUAAAAUACGACCUGUGCCUAGAUCUUUAAUGCAAAUAAUAGGCUAUCUGGCACCAUCAUACGAGUAUCUGACAAAAAUUACCUUGUACGCAUGUAACAUUGAUUCCCUUGUUAUACACGAACUUUCAAAGAUACUGCCCAAGACGGCAAUUACUGAUGUCUGUCUUGACGGAUCUCCAGUCCCUGAAGGCAACUAUUUUAAUCUAUUAGACCACAAUGAAACUCGCAUCAAAUAUCUUUCACUGUGCAGGUGUAAAAUAAACGAUGAAGUGUGUAAAGAAAUAGCUAGUAGAUUACACUAUUUGUGUCCAGCGGAGAGAACAUUAUUGCUUUUAAAUCUAUCUUCUAACCACAUAACAGAUGAAGGAGCAAAAUGUUUAGGCCAAGCUCUAAGAACUAAUAGACACUUGCGGUAUUUAAAUUUGGCGGAUAACCACAUAGGCGAUGACGGUGCUGACUUUAUAUUCGACUCGCUAAUAGAAUUUCGCCUUACAUACGAUGAAACUAUGAAGAAACGAAAAAGAAGGCUAGAAUAUUUAAAGGCCAAAAGAUCGUUUUUAAUGAAAUUCUUAGCAGAAUGCGAUGCGACAAAGGAAUCAGAUGAAUACAGUCAAUUCAGUCGCAAAUCUGGUACGAAGAAAAAGAAAACAUCUGUCACCUCUUUGAAGAACAAAGGCUUUAAAAAGGAUAUUAGUAAGAAAGAUAAAUUAAUAUCUGGUGAAGAUGGCUUGCUUAGAGCAGAGUUGUUUGCAAAUGAGCUAUUAGGGCCGUUUAUUGAUCCAUUUUCACCACUUAACACUGUACUGAGAGAUGGAUAUAGCCAUUGUACUGGAAAUAUGGUGCUAUGUUAUUUAAAUUUGUCCUAUAAUCGAUUAGCGUAUCCUAGUAUGAAGAAGCUCGUUGCCCUUUUACAAUACCAGAAACUUAUUAAAAGGCCGACUCAAUCGGGUCUUGUAAAGGUCGGGAUUGAAGGAAAUUGUAUCCCGGUGUCAUGUGUUGAAUAUCAGAAGAUAAACGAUCUGACUCGUUUGGCAAAGAGUGCGCAUAACAUCUCGGGAAGAAUGUCUAUUACAGGACUGAAAUCAAGGAGUCGACAGGCUCGAAUUUCAUUGGUUCCUCAGCCUUCCUCAGGUAGAAAUUAAAUUCACAUUUUAUGCACAAUGAGUUACAUUUUAUUUUAAUUACACAACUAUUUACAUUUUCAAGGAAAAGAAAAAUAUAUUGUAUGGCUAUAUGAUAAUAAAUCUUUUGAUCUAUAUAAAAAAAUUAGCUGAUUUAAUUUCACAACUUUGUAGGUACUAACUUAUUUUUAACACUAGAUUUGGUAACUAAAAGUUUCUUUAAAAUCACAUUAGGCUUCUUUCAUCGUAAUCACCAUCGAAAUUGUAACAAAUAAAAACUUACUUUAAGUAAAGCAGAAAGUAAAAA